AAUACGCUCAGAAAUUGUUACUAUAUUUUCGAGCCGAUCUUCAAGUUAGCAUCAUUCGAUCUGUGGAUUCCGCUGUGUUCAGACGUACUGUCAAGUAUUCUCGGAGUACUACUAUAUUAAAUCGUAGUUUAGGGGAACAAAAGUCAGCGAUUAAGUCACAAAGAUACUGAUUGGAGCGUUUUUACAGCAGUUUUGAUAGUUUGGUUUGGAUAAGCAGUUUUGAUCGAGAAUUUGUUCCGGUCUUGUAACAAAUAAUAAUAAACACAGCACCGGAAAAAAAUGAAAAGAUCCAAAUGAAAAGAUUUGAAGAUUUAGUUAAACUACAGCCUCUUCCAGGAUUUAACUAAUUCAAGUGUGGGAUUCACUUUUUGCAGAAUCCAGUAUGAAGUGGCUUGUGUUAGUUGUAAUAACCAUUGGCUUUGGAUUAGCUACGCCUAUUUCGACCUAUAAUCAUUAUCGCCUGCCGACGGCUCUUCGACCUAUCAAGUAUGACCUGCACGUCCUAACCCAGCUGGAAAAUGCUGAUGCUUUUAGGUUUGGCGGAAGUGUGGACAUCAAAAUCCAAGUCUUGGAAAACACCAACAACAUAACUGUGCAUUCGAAGGAACUGACGAUCGAUGAGACGGCGACCACUCUUCGCCAAAUUGGCGGAGCGGAUCUAAAGGAUAACUGCGUGUCCUCCACAGAGGUAAAUCCCGAACACGACUUCUAUGUCCUUCGCACCUGCAGAGAACUUUUGGCUGGCCAAGUCUAUGAGGUAAGCUUGCGAUUUUCGUCCACAUUGUCAGACCGAUUGGAGGGAUACUACCGCAGUUCCUAUGUGGAUCCUGUGGCCAAUGAGACCAGAUGGAUCUCAAUUACCCAUUUCGAACCAGCCUCCGCGCGCCUGGCAUUUCCCUGUUUCGAUGAACCUGGCUACAAGGCACCUUUCUCGAUCACAUUGAGAUAUCACAAGAAGUUCACCGGACUUAGCAAUAUGCCCGUGAAGCGUACCGGGAAAGAUGAUAUCCUUCCCAAUUACGUAAGGACCGAGUUCCAGGAGUCAUUGCCGAUGUCCACCUAUCUGGUCGCCUAUUCCGUGAAUGAUUUCUCCCACAAACCAUCUACUUUACCCAAUGGGACACUUUUCCGCACCUGGGCAAGACCAAAUGCGAUCGAUCAGUGUGGUUAUGUCGCGGAGUUUGGACCCAAAGUACUCAACUACUACGAGGGGUUGUUUGGCAUCAAGUUCCCGCUCCCCAAGGUGGAUCAGAUCGCAGUGCCAGACUUCAAUAUUGGAGCCAUGGAAAACUGGGACUUGGUGACGUAUAGGGAAACUGCACUUCUAUAUUCGAGCGAAUUUUCCUCGCUGAAGGACAAAUAGGAACUUGCGAAUGUGGUGGCUCAUGAGUUGGCACACCAGUGGUUUGGCAACCUGGUGACCAUGAAGUGGUGGACCGACCUCUGGCUUAAGGAGGGAGUAGCCACCUACCUGGCUACUUUGUGUGUGGAGCACAUCCAUCCGGAAUGGCGUUCCAUGGAGCUAGAAUCACUGGCAAACUUGCUAGCCAUUUUCCGAAAGGACUCUCUGGAGAGCAGUCACCCCAUUUCGCGACCCGUCGGGAAGGUAUCGCAGAUUUCUGAAAGCUUCGAUGCGAUCUCAUACGAGAAAGGUUCAUCUGUGCUUCGUAUGAUGCACUUGUUCCUGGGCGAGGAGGCAUUCCGCAACGGACUGAAAUCGUAUUUAAAUAGGUACGCCUACCAGAAUGCGGAACAGGACAAUCUUUGGGAAUCUCUCACCCAAGCUGCCCAUAAGAUUGGUUCUCUGCCGAAGGACUACGACAUCAAGACCAUCAUGGACUCUUGGACCCUGCAAACGGGGUAUCCGGUGAUUAAUGUGACACGUGACUACACAUCCAGGACCGCAAAACUGAGCCAGGAGCGCUAUCUCCUGAAUUCAGAUGUAUCUAGAGCACACAAAGGAUGCUGGUGGGUGCCACUUAGCUUCACAAGUCAGGAGGAAAAGGACUUCAACAACACUGCGCCCAAGGAGUGGAUGCAGUGCACCGAGACCGGUGAAAGUGUUCCCAAGACCAUCCAGGAUCUGCCAGGACCCGAUCAAUGGGUGAUCUUUAACAACCAACUUUCGGCGCCGUAUAAGGUCAACUACGAUGCCCAGAACUGGAAACUUCUGAUCGAGACUUUGAACAGCGAAGAUUAUCAGUGCAUCCAUGUGGUAAACAGGGCCCAAACGGACGAUGUCAUGUACUUCGCUUGGACAGGGGAGCAGGACUACGAGAUCGCUUUGCAGGUGAUCAGCUAUCUGGAGAGGGAACGGGAGCUUCUUCCCUGGAAGUCGGCCUUCGACAAUCUGAAGUUUGUUAAUGGCAUUCUUCGACAGUCGUCGAACUUUAAGUUUUUCAAGAGUUUCACAAGGAGGCUUAUCACUCCAAUAUAUGAGCACCUAAAUGGCAUCAAUGAUACAGUCGCCUCCGAACAGCAGCAGGACAAGACCAUUUUGAAGGCGAUGGUGGCGGACUGGGCAUGCUUGUUCGAGGUUUCCGAUUGCGUUACCCAUGCCUUGAGCUACUACCGCAGCUGGCGAUCGGAGGCUAAUCCUGACGAGGUUAACCCAGUUCCGCUGGGCUUUCGUGACGUUGUGUACUGCACGGCGAUCAAAAAUGGCAGUGUCGAGGAUUGGGAUUUCCUCUGGACUCGGUACCAGAAGGCUAAUGUGGCCACCGAAAAGCAAAUCAUUCUGGAUUCCCUGGGUUGUUCGCAGGAGGUCUGGGUUCAGCAGAGAUAUUUGGAAAGGAACUUUGACGGAAUUGGGGACAUUCGGAAGCAGGAUUCAACUUCUGUCUUUCAAGCGAUUGCCACUUCGGAAGUAGGGUUCCUUUUGGCCAAGAAGUACUUGAUGGACAACGUGGACUCCAUUUCCAAGUUCUACCAUCCUCAGUCAGAAUCUAUGUCUGAACUUCUGCCGCCACUUUGUGAACAAAUCUUUACACGCAGGGACUAUGAUGAGUUUAUGAACUUCUUGGCCAGUUCCAAGGAACAGCUCAAGGAUAUAGAACAGACCAUCAGUCAAAGUUUGGAGACAAUGCUCAUCAAUGUGCAGUGGAAGGAGCGAAACUACGAGAGGUUCACUCGAGCCAUCAAAAAACAUGUUUGAAUCAACUACUUGGUUUCUGAAUAAAUAUCAUUUACUUGAAGAAGUAAAUCCCAACUUCCAUGAUUAUAUGUAUGUUGUAUAUUUCGUAUAUUUAGUUAAGCAUGUUCUAUAAUGCUAAUCAAUAAUAAACAUAAUCGUAAUUGGAA